AUGCCCACCCCAAUCGAGCUCGCCCUCUCGACCCUUCUCCCCACAAUCGCCUUCCUGCCGCCUCAACUCAUAACCCUUGCGACCUCCUUCGUCGCCCAAUCUCGAAGCAAAGCCGCCUCGCUCAAACCCGAAGAGGAAAUCGGCCGGACCUAUGCCUGCGCACACAUCGCCUGUGAGCGGCUGGCGAAUCAAUUGAGUUUGGAAGUGGGCAAGCCGGUGCCGCCAGUGAAGCCGAGGGUUUAUGGGAAGUUGAAAGGGUAUUUGGAUGGAGUGUUGGAGCAGAAGAGUAGGAGAGGAGGAGAUGCUGCGACACCGACACAAAAUACUGCGGCGAGUACGAGGACAGGACAGACUAGGGCGACGCCUACGAGCGGAGUGAAAAGAGCACGGCCGGUCGACGAUGAAGAUGCCGCGACGCCCACCGCCGCAGCAGCGCUCCCAACAGCAGGCACACCUGCUUCGGCGAACCAAGAGGUGCCCGACUUCGUCAUGCCAUUGAUCCGCGCCAUCUGCAAAUCCAACGCUCUUCCCUCUCUCGCACCUCACAUCUUCGUCGGCGCCACUUAUGCCGUGCGUGAGAUAGCAUCUCGGCACGCGAAACGAGCUGUAGCGGAUGAGCCGUCUGCGAAAAGACGGAGACGGACGCCUCAGUCCGGGAAGAAGAUCACUGAAGUCGAGGCACCUGCAAGCGAGGCCGUACCGGCAGGAAAGUGGCCCGCCCUAUGUCUCGCUCUAUUCCUCUUCACGGCCGCGAAAUCAGAAGGUGUGGAUGUCCAGUCUGACAAAAUGAAGGUGAUGAGGGAGAAGGGUGGGCAAGCGGUUACUUCGUUUUGCGAGGACAAGAGACGUGUUCUGCCGGACGAUCUGAGAGCACAGGAAGGCUUGGAGUCGGCUGUGACGUUCUACAUGUUGGAAGCGGAGGAUUGUGGGUGGUUGGAGAUGGAGUGGUUUGGGAAUGUGCCUGUCAGAGAGGACGGGAUGGAUUAUCAGGAUGGACAGGACGAUGUAAGGAGCGACGACGAGGAAGAUACAGGACCAGUGACGCCGAGGAAGAAGCCAGCUGCGAAGACGCCGUUGAGGAGAAAGGAGAAGCACGGCGGGAAGAAGGCGGUGGACGGGUGGGAGGAAGAUGUGGGACCUGCUGGGUUGCUGCCGGGAUUAGGCACGAUGUUUCAGCCGGCAGUGGAUUGGUUGAGCGACGAGAGAAGGGCGGAGUAUGCGGUUUGGAAGAAGGGAAUUUUGAAGGAGCUUGCGGUGGUGGAUGCGAGGGCCUGA